AUGAGGAACUUACAAAGAUUGGUGGUCGCCAGACCUGUGCAUGUCUCUUCAUCUUUCAGACGUCGUAUUCUCGCUUCUAGGCGGGCGACUUCGCGCGCCUUUGCCCAACAAUUCGGCCCGACGGGCAACUUCCCAGGUACCGACCAAGAUGACGAAGAACGACCAAAGACGUCGAAAUCGGGACCAGAACCGAAAAGUCGUCUAGGACCUACCGCGUCCAGGGCUUUUGAGGCGGCGAUGACCACCUUUGCAUCGAUCGCCGUUCUUGGUCUCGCGGGUUACUCGUAUCACGUCUACUACAAAGCUCUAGUGCUGCGCAAGAUAGAAAAGGCCUUUGCGCCUGGCGACCCGAUGCUCGAACUUGCAUCACCAGCCGAUUCCCGCACUCCUCCCCCAGAGCAGUCGGCCGACGAAACGGAUCACUGGAUCCCCCGGCCCGAGCAGGCGAGGAUCAAUGCCAUCAUUAACGGGGAAUCAAAAGGCAGAUAUUAUCUCCUUGUUGGUGAGAAGGGCACGGGAAAGUCAUCGAUGCUGCUGGAAGCAAUGAAGGAGAGGAACGGGGAGGGUGUCUCAAUGUUUGAAGCUCACGCCGAUCCUGAAAUCUUCCGCAUCAGACUGGGGAAGGCCUUGAACUAUGAGUUUCACGAAGACUAUAUCGGGUCCUUGUUUUCGAUCCGCGGUCCACGAGACACCACCGCGCUGCUUGACAUUGAACGAGCCUUCAACAAGCUUGAGAAGGUUGCUUUGGCAAACAGGAACCGAACCAGCAAGCCAGGCCGGACAGGACCUCUCAUUCUGAUCGUCAACUGCGCGCACUUGAUCCGCGACAAUGACGUCGGGAACGAUCUGAUCGAAUUGAUGCAGCAGCGAGCGGAACAGUGGGCUGCAGCAAAUCUCAUCACCAUGAUCUUCAACUCUGACGAUUACUGGGUCUAUGAACGUCUCCGCCGGUAUGCCACAAGAAUGGAGGUGAUCCCCAUUCUGGAUCUCCCCAAGGAUCGCGCCAUCGCCGCCCUGGAAAGAUAUCGCGGCAAAUACUUUCCAGAGCAGAAACGGGAUCCCGAGAUUCUCAAGCAAGUCUACGAACUGGUGGGCGGGCGGCUCAAUUUCCUGAAUCGGGUCGCCAAAAGCACCGACAUGUUGAAAAUGUGUCGACAGAUCAACGAAGCGGAGAAGACGUGGUUUUUGAACAAAUGUGGUAUUCUGGGUGAGGAAAUGGACGACGACGUAAUGGACCAACAGAAAUAUGCCAGCGCAGCCAUGGUCCUGGCAAAGGCGCUGGUGGAUCGAGAAAAGGACAUGGAAUCGAGCUACGAUGAAGAACAUGGCCAUAUUCUGCCACAGAUUCCUCUCUAUAUUGCUCGUCAGAUCAUGACCCGGGCGGACUUCAUUCAAACCUACGACCACGACAACAUCUUCACCAUCGACAGCAGUGCCAUGGUCCGCGCAGACAGCGUGCCUAUGAUGAACGCAUUCAAAGAAAUUUGUGCAGAACCUGGAUUUGACGACUACCUGGAGGCCACCCUUGACCGGAUCUCGGCGAUUGAAAGCAUCAACAGGACCAAGGAACUAACCUUUAAAGAUUUAUGGAUUGAACAAAAAGGAGAACAAAGGGGCAAAUACUCGUUUGUGACAAAAGAUGCUCGGGGCCGGGAGACCGGCACCAUUGAGAUGAGAGUGCAUCCAGAUAACCCACCUGAAGAAGACGAUGAUUAA